AUGAACCGCGGCGGACACAGAGGGACGCACCGAGGAGGGGGCGACCGCAAUUUUCCCGGCGGUUCGUCCUCCUCGUAUCAGCCUAACGGGCGAAACGACGGAUCUCGAGGCCAGUGGGGCCCUCAGGACGGCAGUGGCGCUGGCAGCUCCUGGAGCAACAGGAAUGCAGCUGGAAGCACGCGCUGCCACGGGCGCGGUGGAGGGUAUGGCGCAAGCAGCUCGGGGCGAUGCUGGGGUAGAGAUGAAGGCCCUGGCACCUCCCGGCACGGGGGAGGGGGGCCCCCGAGGGGGCCCCAUGGCUCCUACGGACGGAGGAGGGGCCGCGCUGACGGUCCGAGAUGCCGCACCGAGCAUCACGCGAUAGAAUACUCCAGAGGAGAGUCUGUGACGAUGACGGAGGCUCCUCCCGUGCAGAAGCAGGGGGCCCCUCCUUUCUGCCAGAAUUUCGCGUUUUACGGAGAUUGCCGUUUCGGCAGCCGAUGCAGAUUUGCUCACGCACUGGAGUGCGUUGGCUAUCAGGAAGAGGCCCACGGUGGGAAGGGCAUUCGGUGUUGCAUUGUUAACCCCGCGGCUUCCGAGCUCUUUACGGGUGGCAAGGACAAGAAACUCAUGCGCUGGCAGAUUUCCCAGCCUGCAGCGCAAGUCAGUCCCGGAACCGCAGAGGGAGGCGAUCUCGACAGCACCGGGGAACCCCUGCUGGCUUUGAAUUGCCUGACAUGCACCGAUAUGGGGGCAGAAGUCUGCUGCCUCAAGCUUUUGGGGGGUGCCCUCUUCGCGGGACUAGGAGACGGCCGCAUCAAGGUGUUCCUUGCAAAUGGUGAAGUUAAGGAGCUCACCGGGCACGAGAAAAGUGUGUACUCCUUGUUGCUGGUGGAGGGGGUGCUCGUGUCUGGAGAUUGGGGCGGCUGCAUCCGCUUUUGGCGCUUUGAGGAGCCACAGCAGACCUUCAACGCAAUUCACGCGCUGCAGGUAGAGGGCAGCAUCUGCUGUUUGCAAACUGCCGACGUCACCCUGCCACAGCCGCCAGGGGGGGCUACUCCCCCCGCUGCAGGAUCUUCUGCUCCCCCUACAACACGCAAGGUGCUCUGGGCCGGAGGCACUGCCCUAUCCAUCAUCGACCUGCAGUCGCUUCAGGUGCUCCGAGUUCUUGACGUCUCUGAUGUUAAGGGCAAUGGUCCUCCUCUUGUUUUGGCGUUACUGCCAUUCAACGACUGUCUCCUUGUGGGCUUUGCGAGCGGCGCCAUCUGCGCCUACACCGCCGAUGGCGAGCGGCAGUACUGCUUUUCGUCCGACUACCUCUCCGCCAUGGAGGGCCUCAUGUCCCCCCGAGGCCCUGUCCUGGUGUACGGGGGUCGCCGUUCGAGCUUUCGCGUCUUAAAAGUCCCCGAGUUUGAAGAACGAGGGUCUCUGGCUGCUCACGAGGCAGGCGAUAUCAAGGCGGUUUGUGCCUUAGGGCCCACACACUUCGUCACGUGCGGCGAUGACGGGGCCAUAGCGAUCUGGAAGUGGGCACUGCCACAUGCCGAGACAGCCUCUAAGCAGUAG